AUGGAAAUUCAUCGAGCGGACUAUUCGGACAAAUUCGCCCGUACGAAAAUGCUGCCGCUGGCAGCAGCCGCCUACAGUCACUGGCCACAAGAGUGCCUUGAGAAUCGCUUUGCUAACGCAACGUUGAUACGUCAGUUGAAUGUGACAUGUGGUCCCUUUGCAAACAACGAUGUGUGUUCCGGAUUCACGGCCGUGGUCCACGGCAACAAGGCGAUUGUUAUCAGUUUCAGAGGAACAGACACCUACCUCCAACUUGUUGCAGAAGCCGACCUGAGUGUGUUCCACGAAAAGAUGAAGUGGAGCUCUGGCGGAUACGUGUCGAAAUACUUCUACGACGGCUUCAUGGACCUGUGGAACGCCGGUAUGAGAGACGAUUUUAUAGCUCUCAGAGCAAAGUAUCCUAGGUACAAUGUUUGGGUGACGGGGCACUCUCUUGGAGCUGCACUGGCCUCACUGGCCGCCUCCUUCAUCAUUGCUAACGAUCGAGUUCCAUCCGGUCGCGUAAAAUUGGUCACAUUUGGACAACCUCGAGUUGGUGACCAUCGCUACGCAUGGGUUCAUGACGAACAGAUGGCAUACAGCUUCCGCGUAACGCACUGGAGAGACGUGGUGCCGCAUAUUCCGCCCGAAAACUUCUUGGACUACUAUCAUCACGCCUCAGAGGCUCCCAAUGAGAGCGAUGAGUGCAGUGACGGUCUGCUUGACACAACCUCGAUCCAGGAUCACCGCCACUAUUUCAACGUGGACGUGAGCGCCUAUGGCAUUAACGGCUGUAACACAACGAUGGAUCCCACGAAUGCCCAG